UUGGAGUUGUCCCCCAUGCCAAGGAUACAGGAGGCAAGGCCUGGGAAAAGAAAGGCUGAGUCGGCUACAGUCGUGACAGCCUCACUUCACAAGGUUCCUGGAGGACAAGGCAAUAAAAACUAAGAGAGAAGGAAGAAAGCAAAGGGAGAAAGAAACCAGUGACACUGAAGAAAGCUGUGGCGCCACUGAAAAAGUUUGUUCCAGGUUCCAAAACCACAAACACCCUAAAAGAAGGGGAUGCCGAAGGCUUGUUCUGUAACGAGCUCUUCUCUGUUACCGGAGGGGUCCGGAUACGGCGUGAGCAUUAUCAGAGAACACACUUUGUCAUGUGGACUCUCCUGGGAUUAGCAGCAGUCUUCAUCUCUGCUUCAGCCCUCUCAGGUGUGAAAGGAAUUGUGAAACAGAAGGUCCUCCUGCAUUGCCCCUGCGUAAAUAGAAAUGUGAGAAAGAAGGUUAUCUGGCAGCUAGAAGAGCAUACCACCGUGCUCAGUCAUGAUGGAAGUGAUAACCACACAACCAUGGGGAAGGGAUAUGAAAACAGGGUCAGUCUCUUUCUAAAUGAAGAGAAGGACAAUUGUUCGCUGCUCCUCUCAGGCAUCACUGUGGCAGACAAUGGGACGUACAAAUGCUUCUUUACAGCCAACGCUUUUGUCUACGAAAAAGUCAUUCUACAUGUGGCUGCGAGCUACAGUGUCUGUAUGGACCUUGUCUCAGACCAGGCUUCGGUGUGUUCCAGAGGGGGAGAGGGGUCGGGGGUGUACCAGUGUAAAGCCUCUGGGGGCUAUCCAGAGGGUCAGAUUCACUGGGAGCUGGAAGGACAUCCUCUGGUGAACCCCUCCAGGAGGGAUGUGACCCACCUGGACUACUUUACAGGACUCUACAGCCUGACCAGCAACCUGACCAUCGAGCUGAGUGAGGGUGAAAAACUGCAGUGUGUGGUGGAGAACACAGCCUUGGCCUCCAACCUCACCUCCAACUCCAGCUGCAAUCACAAGCCUAUGUCCAUGGAAAGUAGCGGUCAUUAUAAAGUAGAGGUUGCAGCACUUGUGGCUGUCAGCCUGAUUGUGAUGUUUAUUGUGGGAGUCCUGCUGGUGUUCUUACUAACUAGAUUUUGCCGACAUGAAAGGUCAACGAAGCAGAGAGACACAGAGAGGCAGGAAAGCGGCGUGACCCGGUCGUUUAAUGUGUAUGAAGAUGACUCUGCCUGAAUGUGUGAAGCGUCUCCCCCCUCUGAUGCAACAAUCUCUCUUCAACUGACAGAAAACAAAAUGGAGGGAUGAUGAUAAGAGGAACUGCAACUUAAAAUAAGGCCUGUGUUCAAUGUAGAACUUGGAGCAACAUUGAGCAAUGUGUUGUGCCGUCAUGUCUGAACUAUUCUUUCGGUGUUAUGCAACGAGGCAAACGGCACCUGAAAGUGGUUAAUCAUGGUUUUCCCUAGUUCGGUGACACUGAACUGAACCCUGAGUUACGAAUAUGAUGACGAGAGCAGAGUACAAAAUGUGGCCAGGGAGGCAAGUUUUAGGAACUAGAAGAGAAGAACAGCAUGAUGGGAGAAAUGACUGUAGUCAAUGGACCGAACGUGAGCUAGACUCAGUGAACAGGGAGCCUGUGUAUUGCAAUUGUAGAGUUUACUCACUUCUUAAAGUACAGGUGCUUUCAUAUUUCUAAGAAGAGUAGCAGAAUCAAACCAGACUACUGUAGUUAUACAGCUGAUACAUGACUGUGAACAGCCAUUGUUAAAACGUUUGUCUUUAUGCAUUUUGUAUACUGCAUGUUCCUGGUGUUGGUCUAAUGUAGAUCUGUCUGGUCUAAACAAGAUAUCCCUCUGUAAAUGUCAAACUGGUGUGGGGGAGCCCCUACUGUGCUACUAAAACCCCUUAUAAUGUCACUGGUCACAUUUAUAAGGAAGCUGCAGUAGGAAGUGACUACUUUGCUGAACCAUUUGAAUUAUGCUGAGGAUUCAAACAAUUUGGUUUUAAGUUAGACCAAAUGAUUAGUUUUCAUGUAAAUAGUCAAUGAUGUUAUUUUACUUAUAAAUGUGAAUUUAAUUCUCUGAAUGUGUGAAGAAUUGGAUAUGAGAAUUGUGUUAAUUGCUUAUUGUUAUGUAGCUUGCUGUGAACUAAGAUACCAUGUCAUGGGAUGACUAAUGUCAAGGAUUAUUCCAUUUACAAAUGUCAAGCAAAUUAAAUGGUUACUCCAGUUUAGAGUUCUUCACAGGUUCACCCGAAUACUCCAGACGUGACUUGGGACCGGGUCCAAAAUUAAAACUUUUCAUUCUGGUCUGGGUCGUGUCCUGUUUGAUUGUCAUCAGGUAUCCGGUCUAUGUAAGCACAGCUGAUAGACCUGAGUGGACUCGAAUGGACCUGACCAAGGCUCUGCAUUGACAUACAAUGCCUCCUGGUGGUCAUGUUGGAAGACCAUGGCAUUAAUUAUUCUGUUCUGACAACAACAGCCAAGUUGGCUACCCCAAACUGCAUGAUAACAGUGGCCAGUACCGACCUGUCAUUCAGGGCAGGUGGGGCCUUUGAGCCCCACAUUUUUAGAAAAAAAAAAAAACAUUUUUGGGGGGGCUUGCUUGUUUUGCAUGUUAUUUUGGCAUUAAUACGUGUCACAUAUCAGUUUGCAAACAAUGUAAAAAAAAAGAUAUACACUUCCGUUCAAAAGUUUGGGCUCACUUAGAAAUGUCCUUGUUUUUUAAAGAAAUACGGUGUAGACAUUGUUAAUGUUGUAAAUGACUAUUGUAGCUGGAAAAGGCUGAUUUUUAAUGGAAUAUCUACAUAGGUGUACAGAGGCCCAUUAUCAGCAACCAUCACUCCUGUGUUCCAAUAUAGAUCAAACGUAUCGGUGCGCGUCGGCCAUUGGACAUAAACAUUACACAACAAGUUGGAAAUCGAAAAUUCAACAAUGAGUGGUUUGGAAGGAAGUGAACACAACCAGGUGAUACUUUAUACUGAUGCAUAAAUUAUGUAAUAUGCCAGGGAGUUAUGUAUACUGUAGCUAAGAAAGUAAUACUACAUGUGUGUUGUGUAGUAAGCUGUUAGUGCCCCGUGUGCCUCACGUUAAUCAUUUGGUCCCUCUUUCGCCUACUGUUCUGACUUGGUGGUGCACAUGUAGCCUAUAGCCUGUUUUAGAGAAAUGUCAUCAUAGAAUAUUAUAAGAGCUUUCAUUGUCUGCUUAUAUGGCCCCGUUAUGUAUUCUACGGUUCUGAUUUGAUGUACAAAGAGAAUACUGUAAAAAUGCCCAUGUUCUGUCACUGUAUACUGCAUGUUCCUGGUGUUGGUCUAAUGUAGAUCUGUCUGGUCUAAACAAGAUAUCCCUCUGUAAAUGUCAAACUGGUGUGGGGGAGCCCCUACUGUGCUACUAAAACCCCUUAUAAUGUCACUGGUCACAUUUAUAAGGAAGCUGCAGUAGGAAGUGACUACUUUGCUGAACCAUUUGAAUUAUGCUGAGGAUUCAAACAAUUUGGUUUUAAGUUAGACCAAAUGAUUAGUUUUCAUGUAAAUAGUCAAUGAUGUUAUUUUACUUAUAAAUGUGAAUUUAAUUCUCUGAAUGUGUGAAGAAUUGGAUAUGAGAAUUGUGUUAAUUGCUUAUUGUUAUGUAGCUUGCUGUGAACUAAGAUACCAUGUCAUGGGAUGACUAAUGUCAAGGAUUAUUCCAUUUACAAAUGUCAAGCAAAUUAAAUGGUUACUCCAGUUUAGAGUUCUUCACAGGUUCACCCGAAUACUCCAGACGUGACUUGGGACCGGGUCCAAAAUUAAAACUUUUCAUUCUG